AUGGGAAAAUCAAUUCCGAUAAAAACAGGGCUAAGAGGAGCGUCCGCUGCAGCAGCUGGGUUCCUCAAAUCCUCGAAACCGAUCCGACCCAUCUCCUCAAACACCAUGGAGACUCCCGACAAAGAUUCUUCAGCCGCCUCCACCAGCGACAAUAGCCCCCGCUACGUCCCGCUCUCCUCGGUGGUCUCUGAUUGUGCGAAGCGGUGGUUCAAAGACACUCUUGAGGAAGCCAAAGCUGGGAACAUCACUAUGCAGGUCGUAUUGGGUCAGAUGUAUUACUCCGGCUAUGGUGUCCCUAAAGAUCCUCGAAAGGGGAGAGUUUGGAUUACGAAAGCAGCAAGAACUCGUUCUUCAGUGUGGAAAGUGAAGGAUAAACGACCAGGUUACAACGCAAGUGAUUCAGAUUCAGAGUCAGAUGUAAAUUCUGAUUAG